UGAGAAUUGAAAGAGGAAAAAUCGCUCACUACCUGACAAGCUGAUAUCUGCUCUGAUCUUCGUCAUUUAGUGCUGCCAAAAUGGCUAAAAUGGUGAUGUUGGCUUCCCCACAAUAGUUCCUGUAUUGAUGUCUCUGUUCUUACAGGUUAGACUUAAAAUAUACAUCAAAGUAUUUCGUAGCAGUCGGUCGUAGUCAGGGUGCAAAGACCGACUUGGCGCUGAGCCUUGUUUAUCUUGCAUACUUGGUAUGAGUAGAGUAUGCACUCUUCUCGUUCUUUAACCUAAAUCGACAUCUCUCACUAUUGUCUGCAAUCAGGAGCCCAUGUCUGCAACUCAAAAUGGACUGAAUUUCCAUGGCUUGCUUAAGCUGUCUAAACACAGCGGAUCAGAUCGAGUAACUUAACUCGAGUUCCUGUCAUGAAUUUAAGUGUUAGAUUUUUUUAGUUGGUCUUCAAAAUUAUUUGCAAAAAAAAAAGGUACAAACGUAGCGUGGUAAGGAAACAUUUCAAUUACGGCUAUGCAUUAAAGUUUGUGUAUAACAUGCUCUCUGUCUAAAAUCCUCGCGCGAUAUCGAUUUUGAAAGCGUCCACCAAUGCUUUAAGAUCUAAUGUCAGCAUGCAUCAGACAAACAGCGGCGAGGCACCCAAAUUUGUUUUCACUCCUACUUUCAUAUUUUGUAGCCCGAUAUGUUCUAAUAAUUUUGGUGUAUUUUUUUUUUUUUUAAUUAUUUUAGUUUUCGAGAAAUAAUUUUUUUCGUUCGACCGCUCAAAUAUGCAAAUUUUCACCAUGAAUAUUACCUGAGUUGUGUGACCUCAUGUAACGAAUGUACUAGACCUACGGUAUGUCUGUGAACAUAAUCCUUUGUUUUAUCAUCUAAACUUAAUUCCCUGUCGUUAUUGAAGCUGGCAAAGAAAUAUUUAUUUUUGGUGAAUAUUUUUUCCGACAUACUUUUCCUAUGUCGACAAGUAGCAUCAAAACAAAGACAGUUUUAACAAUGACCGAUAUGACAGAAUCUACUGAGCUUCUAGCUUUUAAAAGACCAAAGGAUGGUUAUAAAGUUACUGUAAAAAUUUCCAUGUGUAAUUGUGUUGUUCUAUCUUGAGACAAACUCAAAGUCCGGCAAAAUUUACUUGAUAGCGACUAUGAAAUAUACAUGGUGCGCUUUCUUGUCGCCACCGUUAACUGGCAUAAAUCACUACAAUUUGCAAAAACUCAAAGAUAACAAUCUUACCUUGUUUAUUUAUGAUUUUUUUAGCUGUUUCGAUGAUCACGUUAAUUAUUCUCUACCACAUUCUAGCCAGAUUUGAGUUCCAGUCUAUAUAUCUUCUCUAACUUAUUAUAUCAGUUGCGUGACAAGCGUGACACAGAAAUUCGAAGAUGAAUCAACCUCUGAAAUAACAAGAGAUGUGUUUUUUUUCCUCUUUGCAUGACAUCUAGAAAAACCUUUCAGGAAUUGCUGCGUUCAGAAAACUAAAAUGUCUAGAUCCAUCAAUGAUUCCUUUGUCAGCUGAAGUCAAAGUAUGGUUACAAUAGUCGAUUUGUUUGACAAGUUACAUACUGACUUUGCUAACUGAUCUGUUUUAUAAGCGUCUCAUCUUACAUGCUAACAUGGAGGUUUUCUGUUAAGUUAAAUCGUUCGCUGGUGGAACUUGUGGGUUUAGUUAUCGAGAAGACCAAGUCGUUCCCUUGCGUGAUUAUUAAUUACUUGUCACUUGUUACAAGUCACUUGCGGAGUUGCAAGUUUUCAGAUCCAGAAAAUGAAGUUGAUCUUGUUUUGUCACGUGCUGGCAUCCUCGAGACGCUAAAAGAUAUCGAUGAUUUUACAAAACUUGUUUCUCUUCGCCAAAAAUCACAUCAGAAUUUGUCCUUGCUAAAUGUCAAGUGUGCUAAACGUAUCAGCAUCCCCGAGGGACCCCUUUACAUAGGAGGGCGGGGAUGCGCGCCUAGUAUUUCGAAAACGACCGCUAUAAAAUUAUAAAAGGUACUUAAGUUUUAUCCGUGUGGGAGUGGCAACAAUUAGCUUGUAAAAACAAGUGUUUAUGUCCUUUUCUGUCUUUUUUAAUGCUUCCCUCGCUCCUACAGAGGAUUCAUACAAAUAUGAGGGCCGUGCCGCGUUUACAUUGUACAGGCAGAAAAGGUCGUCCAGAAUGAGUGUUUCGUUCUGUAAUGAAAACCCCAAUAAACUCACUCAGAAACGACUCGUUUCGAAUAAAUUCUACGCUGGUUAUUAUGUGGCAACCGGUAUGAACUCGUACUCGUACAAAACUCAUUCGGAUAUCAUGUAAAAGGCCCCUAAAAGUUUUUAUUCCCAGAGCAUCACGCUUUGCUCGCCUGUCUGAAUACUAAAAAUUUCAGCAGCGUUGAAGCAACAACCCACUUUUAACUGCUUCGCUGCCGCGGAAACAAUUACUAUUGAAGAAAGCACAUAUUUUAAUAUUUUCAAUUCAACGUAAACAAAAAUCUUUAUACGUGGUAAAUAUUCAUUUGUGUCGGUAUCAACUAUUGCGUGACCAGCUUAUGAUAUAAACGAGGGAGGGGAAAACACAAUUCAAACCUGGGUUCCUGUCAAAAAGUAACACCCAGGCGUAAUAUUAUAAUCGAAACGGCUACUAAAAUCAUAAAUAAACAAGGUAAGAGUGUUAUUUUAGACUUUUGUACAAAUUGUAGUGAUUUAUGCCAAUUAACGGUGGCGACAAGUAGGCGCACCAUGUAUAUUCCAUAGUCAUUAUCGAGUAAAUUUUGCCGGACUUUGAGUUCGUCUCAAGAUAGAACAGCACAAUUACACAAGGAAAUUUCACAGUAACUUUAUAACCAUCCUUUGGUCUUUUAAAAGCUUGAAGCUCAGUAGAUUCUGUCAUAUCGGUCAUUGUUAAAACUGUCUUUGUUUUGAUGCUACUUUUCGACAUAGGAAAAGUAUGUCGGACAAAAAUAUUCACCAAAAAAUAUAUAUUUCUUGGCCAGCUUCAAUAACGACAGGGAAUUAAGUUUAGUUGAUAAAACAAAGGAUUAUGUUCACAGAAAUACCGUAGGUCUAGUACAUUCGUUACAUGAGGUCACACAACUCGGGUAAUAUUCAUGGUGAAAAUUUGCAUAUUUGAGCGGUCUAACGAAAAAAGUAAUUUCUCGAAAACUGAAAUAAAUUUUCGCACAAAAAAACUACACCACAAUUAUUAGAACAUAUUGGGCUACAAAAUAUGAAAGUAGGAAAGAAAACGAAUUUUGAGCCACUUGCCACAAUAUUUCAAAUUUGUUCGAUGGAUGCUGACAUCCUCUCUUAAGAGCAAAAUAAAUUCGGUUUGCGCGUGUUCAAAUUUGCCUAAUCAUUUACAGUCCGUUUUAUUUUACCUUCGUCAUUUCCUCUUCUCUGCUUUUCAGUCAUCCGGAGCUAACGUUGAGUAAGUCUGUCGUGUGAGACUUUUGUAAAGUACUCAAUCUUGACUUAAAUCAGUUAAAUUAAUGACCCUUUGUUUCCAAGUCGGAAGCUCGGCCACUGAUCGAUUUGGGAGAAGUGAAACCGAAUGCAAAGUCCACAUGUGACCGGAAGUGGACAUUCUGUUGCAUGAGAUCAACAGAUAUGCUAAAGUAAUCUUAUCAGCGAAAAAAAUAGAGCAUAUUUAAUAUUUAGGGGACAAGUGUCAAAAAGAGUGUCUUUCCCGUCAUUGCCUAUUUUUUUCCCUUUUCUGUGGUAAAAAAAAAAUCGCAGAGUCACGGUAUUGGGAAUAAGAUGAUCACUAUAGCCCGGAAAUAACCGCUAUUUCGAAUGUGUCACGGUCUGUAACACACUUGUUAAGAAUCUCGCCCAUCAAAACUGUGAAUGGCGGUGAAUGAUAAAGAUUUUCCAAUCCAGAAGCUUCGCUUUCUUCUUCAAUUAAAUCCCUGCCAAUUCAAGGACUACCUCACGAUUUUUCUGUCGUGAAAAAUUUUGCGUAGAGUAUUCAGACGUGUUAUAUGAAAUUCAAAUUCCUCCAUGUUCUUACCGGGAAAAUUCUUCUUUUCUUUCAUUGCAUUUACUCUAAGUCAUGCUUUAGAGGUCCUUCAGGAUGAUUAUUUAUUACGCGAUUUGUAUCGUCAACGACAAAGCUUAUAAUUUUUCGGUUUUAUUUCAGGUUAAUUCAUAUGGUGACAUCAUAAAGAAUCACACCAAGGGUUAUUGUGUGUGGUACGAUCAAUGUACAACUGGGUACAAGCCGAAGAAUUGCCUUUACAAUGGACCGGCCAAGAAUUUAACCAAUCCAAAGGGUGUGCAGAUAUUGAACAAUUUAUGCCCAGAAUUGAGGGAUCAACCAACUUGUUGUUCAACCAAACAACUGCAAUCGUUGGAUAACAAUUUGCAAACGUUAAUUCAACUAACCGGUCGUUGUCCCGCCUGUUGGAACAACAUGAGAAGGCUGUAUUGUCAGCUUACCUGCAGUCAGGAUCAGUCGCUUUUCCUGGAUCCAACUGUGGUGUACCCAUUUACACCAUCGCCUUCUAUUAAACAAUAUAUCUUGGAAGUUCAAUAUUUUGUUUCACCUCAAUUCAAACAGGGUCUGUUCGACUCCUGCAAAGAUGUUACUUUUCCUGGAAGCAGCGAGAAGGUUUUGAGUGUCCUUUGUGGUACUUCCGCCGACCGGUGUACUCCUGAUAAACUUCUCAGGUUCAUGGGAAACACAGAUAAUAUAUUCACUUCUUGCACCAUCCAAUAUCCAGACCACCUGAUUCCGAAUCUUUCAUGGAUGAACCAAACUGUUUUUAAGUGUAACAAGCCAUUUAUAGAUCCCCAAACCAACAGGACAGCAAGCGUUUGCAGCUGCCAGGACUGUGCUGCAAGUUGUCCAGUGCGAAAAGAACGACUGACCAUCAAGUCCACUCACCCUUCACCUGCAGGAUACCAUCGAUACGCAGAUGAAAAGUGGAUUCCAUUUGGUCCAAUCUUUCACUUGGAGCUGUUAAAUCAGGUAAGGAUUCCCACUUGGGAAUCACCAGCAAAGUUAUCAGGGAACUCACCUGACAAUGACAGUAACAGUUACAACCAUAGACAAUUGCAAGUGACAGUUGUUACGGUAUAAUAUAACCGACACAAAGUACACUAUAUUCCUUUUAACUCAACUACAUUAUUUAACGACGUGUAAUAAUCAUACUUAGGAGCGCCUCCAGCAGAAAAUAAAGCAAUUAUCCUUAAUAAACUUACUUAAGCCCACUGUGCACAAAGACUUAGCUCUCCGCUGACAAAAAUUCACGGUUUCCUCCAAAGUUCCCUAGAUGAAAAAUUUCCGCAGUAGUUUUCUCCCGGUAUAGCUUUUCAGACCGUCGGUCGCUCUCGACAACAACAACAACUAACCAACUACCACAGCACUGACUUCUUAUAUACAUUUGCGACUAUUUCGAGAAUAUUCCGGAAGCUUAUAGAACAACUAUUUUGGUAGCGUAACAUCUUAAAUACGUGACCUAUUACAACGUUCUGGAAAGUUCCAUGUUAUACAUGUCAGCAUGACUAGGCACUCUUGAAAUUUCUAGAUAUUUAUCUUGCAGGUAUUAUCCAUAACACAGGGACGGGGAUAGUGGCGUAGUCAUUGACUGUUACAUUAUCAAUGACUGUGCCAUUAUCCUUAACCCGUGACAGUGACAAUGACAGCUUGUGACCGUGACAGUGAAAAUGACUGCCUUUAGCGUGACACUGACAGUGACGGUGACUUUGAGGGUGACGGUGAAAGUGAUAAUGACAAAGACAGAUUAGGGUGAAUUUGGCGGCGACAGUGACAAUGGGUGAAAUAACAUUAACUUCGUUGAAAAUAAGUGGCAGUGGGGGUGACAAUGACAGUGACUUCGAGAGUGACAGUGACAUUGUGGGCGACAGUUUGACUGAUAGCAAGGGUUGCAUUGUCUGACUUUGAGGGUGACAAUGACAGUGACUUUAGAAUGAAAGUGACAGUUAAGGAAACUGUGACCGUGACACUGACAACAAUCAUGGAAAGAGUCCCUUACCGUGUCGUGGUAAGAGUAAACAAUUAAAUUAGUUUGUGCUCAUGAAAGACUCAAAUCUUGCACUGUGCUCUUCACUUAGGCCUUGGAGCUUCAAACUGCGAUCUCCACUAUGAAGGUACUAUUUGAGAACUCAACCAUUACCUUAGAGGACAUUUGUCAAAAUUCGACAGAUCACCUGCCAUUUGCUCCACCAGUGACCGAGCGAUGUGAAAUCCAAAGUGUUUUCCAGUAUUUCCAGAACAACAAGACGAGGUUAAAUAAAUGCCUCACCAGCUUGGGUUUGAAUUGCAGCUAUGGACACAAAUUCGAUUUCAAAUUCGCUGACUUCCAUGAUCACCUGUUAUUUUGCAUGAGGUAAGGAAGACAUUAUGAUCCUGCUGUUGACCGCGGUCAAUUUUUCAACAAACGCUUGACAAACAAACAAACAAAAGACAAACGGAAAAUGAAAACAAAAGAAAAGUAGCACAGUCUUCGAAUUUAGGUUCCCAGUGGUACGCUAGUGUUUCGUUAAAAGAAAAAAAAUAUGAAAAAAUAGAUAAAGGAGAAAAACAAAGAAACAGGUAAAGCGAAAAGAAAAUAUACCAAAACCCAAACAGACAAAAAACAAACAAACAAAAAGAAAAUAGGAAAGAAACAACGAGGAUGGGCAACUUCCCACCUACCCCUCCCCUAAUCCAGCAUUAACCCUAACUUGGCUGUUUUUGGGUUAGGGGAGGGGUAGGUGGGCAGUUGCCCAGUACUGAUAUUGAUCCGAAAAAGCUGUAGAAGAAAUUUCUAAUUGCCAAGAAUCUUUGAAUUAAAAUACUGGCGAGAAACUGUUUGUAGGCCCUUUCCUUCUUCUGUAACAAUCGCUGAACCCUCUUUAAGUGUGAAUCAAAUUUAAAAGAAGAUUUUUCUCACACUAGAGGGAUUGUGGGAAAAAUGCUGAUUAUCACAAGUAGAAUUCAACCCACAGGACAGUCGUAAACUUUUUGCACUUUUUGGGCGAUUGGAGGCUAACGCGAGUCUGUGGAGGAGCGCGCGUAAAAAAUAAAUAAAUAAGCAAAUAAUUGAAAUAAGGAACUAAAUAACUCCUCCUCUUGCACGUGACCCUCCGUUCGCCUGAAAAUGCACAAAAAUAUCACGCUUGCAUCGGGAGCUAGGGGAAUAUUACCUAGAUAUUCUCGAGUUUUCGAAGGGAGGGGGGAUUGGAGUGGCGCAUAUUUGGUUACGGGACACGUUUACCCAAGUCACACAAGCGAAAAUAUCAGAUGGAAUAUACUAUAUUCCUUCUUGAUUCUGGUUUGCGAUAUUCAGUGGAAAUGGGCUCUCUUUUUAGGUAUCCCGCCUCGCCAUUCGAAGAAAUGCUUCAAGAACCGUGUAUCGCAGCCUUUGGAGGUGCUGUUCUUCCGGGAGAUGUGUUAGCUGGCUUUCCAAGCCCGGUGUAUCACAACGCAACAUCUUUGGAGAUUACAUUUUUGGUGAAGAAUUUCCUCAAAGACAGCAAAAUGGCAAAAGUGAUAGCCUGGGAAAAAUCUUUCCAGCUGUUCAUGGAGGAUUAUGUGAAAAAUCCUUUGCAUGCCAAUCUCACCAUUACUUACUCCACACCAGAAAUGUCUAAGGACUUUUUAUACGUAUGACAUGUGCAAGACAAAUUUCCAACUGAAAAAGGUUUAAUUUGUUCUAUAUCACUAACUACAUGCUCAUGAUUUGAAAACAUAUUAAUUUUUCAAAUUUUUUGGAUCUUUUAACCAUAACAUUAAACGUAGGAUCUCUCGAAAAUGUGCUAGUCUGUCCAAGACAGCUAUUUUGUGGGAAUAAGCGAAAAAGCCAGUCUUCAUCGCGCCAGACUUCCGCUGAUUUUCGCUCACUCGGUUUUUCGCUGGUGUUCGCUGAGCGGCAGCCCGGCUCAGGCUAACAAGGGACAUCUGAAUAGAGGAGAACUUCAGGUUGAAUUCGAGCGCAAAAGACGAGGCGAGUGAGAGCUGAAUCUUAUUCAGGUUUACCAUAUCUUAAAACAGUAAGACUGUGUAACCUUCCUUU